AACUUCAACACUCCAGUGUACUCAAUCAAGUGGCGCAGACAUGGCGGGUGAAAAUGGUGGGCGUAAUGGGCGUCAGAGCAGCCCCACGGUGUCCUCUAACGAUGGCGACCGGAAUCCAGCACUGACACCAGAUUCACCGGCGUCGUUGGGAUUCAACACCGAUCAACUCCCAUUCAACACCAGCCAAGCAUCGGAGGCUUACUCUGACGAAGAUGAGGCUGCCGUUGAUCCGGAAAUAAUUAGAGACGAGCCUGACGUCGAGGUAGAAGAGGAAGAUGGAGAGGAUCUCUUCAACGACAAUUUCCUCGACGAUUACCGAAGGAUGGAUGAACAAGACCAGUAUGAAUCACUUGGCCUUGACGAUUCGAUCGAAGAUGAAAGAGGUAUUGAUCAGAUUUUAGCAGACCGGCAUGCUGCUGAAGCGGAGCUUGAUACCAGAGAUGCUCAUGCCUCGCACCGCAAGUUGCCUCAGCUUCUUCACGAUCAAGAUACAGAUGAUGACAGCUAUCGACCAUCCAAAAGGACUCGAGCUGAUUUUAGGCCCCCAACCACACCUAGAAGUGGUGAUGAUAGUGAUGCAAUGCAGAGUUCACCAGGAGGUGGAGGGGAUAGAUGGAGAGGGGGAGGGAGCAACUCUGGAGAUGUACCUAUGACUGAUCAGACUGAUGAUGAUCCAUAUGAGGAUGAGGACAAUGGUGAAGGAGACUUUGAUAUGUACAGGGUUCAGGGAACUAUUAGGGAAUGGGUCACUCGAGAUGAAGUUCGGCGCUUCAUUGCAAAAAAGUUCAAAGAGUUUUUGUGCUCAUAUGUUAAUGAAAAGACUAAGCAGGAAGAUUAUCUGAGACAAAUAAAUGAGAUGGUGGCAGUUAACAAGUGCAGCCUUGAGAUUGAUUAUAAACAAUUUAUAUAUGUCCACCCCAAUAUUGCCAUCUGGUUGGCGGAUGCUCCACAGUCUGUCCUUGAAGUAAUGGAGGAAGUCGCGAACAAGGUUGUCUUUGACUUGCAUUCAAAUUAUAAGAAAAUACAUCAAAAGAUCCAUGUUCGCAUUACCAACUUACCAAUUUAUGAUCAAAUUCGUAAUAUCAGGCAGAUCCAUUUGAACUCCAUAAUUCGUAUUGGGGGAGUUGUUACGCGACGGUCUGGUGUUUUCCCACAGUUGCAGCAAGUAAAGUUUGAUUGCAAUAAAUGUGGCUCAGUUUUGGGCCCCUUUUUCCAGAAUUCAUAUUCAGAAGUCAAAGUUGGUUCAUGUCCUGAGUGCCAGUCAAAAGGUCCAUUCACAGUCAAUAUUGAGCAGACAAUUUACAGGAAUUAUCAGAAACUGACACUUCAAGAGAGCCCAGGAAUUGUACCUGCUGGUCGGCUUCCUAGAUACAAGGAAGUGAUACUGCUGAACGAUCUCAUUGAUUGUGCCCGUCCUGGAGAAGAGAUUGAAGUCACAGGCAUAUACACAAACAAUUUUGAUUUGUCUUUGAAUACCAAGAAUGGAUUUCCUGUGUUUGCCACUGUUAUUGAAGCAAAUUAUGUCACAAAGAAGCAUGAUCUUUUUUCAGCUUACAAAUUAACUCAAGAAGACAAAGAAGAAAUAGAAAUGUUGGCAAAAGAUCCAAGAAUUGGAGAGCGGAUCAUUAAAUCUAUUGCCCCAUCAAUCUAUGGGCAUGAGGACAUUAAGACUGCAAUAGCUCUUGCCAUGUUUGGGGGCCAAGAGAAAAAUGUUAAUGGGAAACAUCGGUUGCGAGGAGACAUUAAUGUACUUCUCUUGGGUGAUCCAGGGACGGCAAAGUCACAGUUUCUCAAGUAUGUUGAGAAAACCGGGCAGCGGGCAGUUUAUACCACCGGAAAAGGAGCAUCUGCAGUUGGGCUUACAGCAGCAGUACACAAGGAUCCAGUCACUCGCGAGUGGACACUUGAAGGUGGGGCACUAGUUCUAGCUGAUAGAGGAAUAUGUCUGAUAGAUGAGUUUGACAAGAUGAAUGACCAAGACAGGGUGAGUAUUCAUGAAGCUAUGGAGCAGCAGAGCAUAAGCAUAUCAAAAGCAGGGAUUGUCACUUCCCUCCAAGCACGUUGUUCUGUGAUUGCUGCAGCAAAUCCUAUUGGAGGAAGAUAUGACUCUUCAAAGAAUUUCUCACAGAAUGUAGAACUGACAGAUCCAAUCGUUUCUCGUUUCGAUGUUCUUUGUGUUGUCAAGGAUGUAGUUGAUCCGGUCACUGAUGAAAUGCUGGCAACGUUUGUAGUUGAUAGUCAUUGCAAGUCAACACCAAAAGGUGCCAAUUUGGAUGACAAGUCCAACAAGGCAAAUUCGCAGGAUGAUCCUGAAUCUAAUUUGAUGCCACUUGACCCUGAGAUAAUACCUCAGGACAUGUUAAAGAAGUACCUGACCUAUGCCAAACUGAAUGUUUUCCCAAAGUUGCAUGAUGCUGAUUUAGACAAGCUCACACAGGUCUAUGCAGAAUUAAGAAGAGAAUCAUCGCAUGGACAAGGAGUUCCUAUUGCAGUGAGGCACAUAGAGUCAAUGAUUCGAAUGUCUGAAGCCCAUGCAAGGAUGCACCUUAGACAUCAUGUCACUCAAGAAGAUGUAGACAUGGCUAUUCGAGUCCUCCUUGACUCAUUUAUAUCAACCCAGAAAUUUGGGGUCCAGAAAGCUCUGCAAAAGAGCUUCAAAAAGUAUAUGACAUUUAAAAGGGACUUCAAUGCAAUCAUCAUGCAUCUAUUGCGUGGGCUGGUAAAGGAUGCAAUCCACAUGGAGGAAAUCAUGUCUGGUUCCGGUGCAAGAUUGAGUCAUGUUGACGUGAAAUUGGAAGAAUUGCAAAACAAGGCACUUGACUAUGGUAUCUCAGAUCUAAGAGAUUUCUUUAAUAGCAACGAGUUCUCUAUGGCAAACUUUGCGCUGGACGAGUUGCGGGGUGUAAUAAGGCAUCGCCUGUCUAGUUCAUAGUAUUUUUGCCUGUUGUACAUCUGUGUUUAUAUAGCGAGAUGAGACUAAAGAUUUGUCUUAUCUCUGGUGCUGGCAUGCCUGCUGCUGUCAUCCUGUUUUGGAUUUAAUUGUCACAUUUCCAUGGUAAGAUAUUCAAUUAUGACCGGACCAUGCACAAGUUUAGCUCACUUUUCAAACUUAAAAACAAACCUGACCUUGCCCUUCCUAAUUCCUACAAGGAACACCUUUUGUACAACGAUCUUUACUCUACCAAUACUCGUGGACAACUGGUUUACUUUUGAAUGAAGUUUUUAUUUCCUGUCUGUCA